AAAACAAUAACAAACUUCUCGCUCGUUUUCCGAAUGAUCGACGUGCGCGUUUAUGUUUAUUUGCGUUGUGUUGUUAAUAACGGAAUUCAACGUCGCGUUUCUGCUAAGUUUCAACGAUGUCUUCUCUUUGCUGCAAUGUCUCUCAAGUUGUCAUGUGUAAUUUCGACUGCGAUCCAAAUCGGGCUACGCGUUCGUUAACCUGUUAAGAUCACAACGAUGUCGUUUCGGAAGCGAGAGUGUUGGGUUCGCGGGAAUGACUUUGCAUGGAGCUGUGUUCGCGAGCUGUCAUGAACAUUACAUAUUAUCCGUUAAAACGUGUAUUUCCAGUAUUGAGUCGUCGCGUCUUGCAGUACCGUUACGCGCGUUGGAUCGAUGAUCCCCCGGCGUCUUGUCGAUAAAUCGGCAAUGAAGUUUAGAGAUCUCUCGAAGAAUCGUUUCAGUGAGUUACCGGAGGAAGUCACCGAAUUUCCAUUCCUCGAGAAGCUGCACCUCUACCAUAAUGCCAUAAGAAUAAUCCCGGACACCGUCGUUAUGCUCCAAUCCCUCAACUACCUCGAUCUUAGUCGAAACCAAUUGACGUCGCUACCUCGAGAGAUAUGCAGGCUACCCCUUCAGAUCUUGCUAGUCGCGCACAACAGAUUAGCAUCUCUGCCGGACGAGCUGGGCAGGAUGACGACGUUGGCAGAACUGGACGCAGGUUGCAAUGAAAUCACGAACCUUCCACCUCGAAUGGGCGACCUUGCGCAGCUCCGGUCUCUAGACCUGAGGAGCAACUUGCUGGUGCACCUGCCUAUAGAACUGACGUACCUGAGGCUCGUAAAGCUGGAUAUUAGCGGCAAUCGAAUAUCUGUGCUUCCAAACGAGAUGAGGAAGAUGAAGAGCUUGGUGGAUUUCAAGUUGUCCGACAAUCCGCUGACCUCGCCGCCUGCCUCGCUAUGCAUUCGCGGGCGAACGCACAUUUUCAAGUACUUGGAGAGGCAGGCAGCGAAGCACGAAAGGGCCAGAGGCGGUCGGGCCAGACGGACGCCCCUGGACACGAGGGGCCACGCGACGUUGGACACGAGGUCUCAUCGACGUCACAACGUCGACAGCGGGUAUAGCACCAGCGACGGUGUCGACAAACGUUGGUCCCAAGAAAUCCACAGCGCGGUGCACGACGGCGAGGUUCGCGGCUUGUGGCGGCAGGAUUGCUCACCGCUCUCGAUAACGCUGCCGCACGAGGUAGGCGUGAACGGAUCCUGCAGCGGCACGUCGACGCCCAGCACGAUUUCACCCGGGGAGCACACGUCUCUGGAGGAUGAGCUGGGCAAGGCGAUGAUACUGCACGAUCAGCUGGAAAAGAGGAGACUGGAGAGGAGUGCCUCGGAGAACGGAGCGGAUAUCAGAAGACCGAUGAUCUCUGCCCUUCAUCACACAUCGAUUACGCCACCGGGCCAUCUGGACUCCACGCAUCUGAAUCAGUCGCAGCAGAUAGCGUCCGCGCAAACGGUACACCCACUUCAGACACCCCCGACGAAUCUCGCCACGCUGGUGAACGGAGACGAUAAGAGGCCGUUGAAUCACAUACAGACGUACAGGGAGUACAAGGAGGCUCUGAAGCAGCAGAGGGCCAACGAAGGCCCGAGUGUGUACAGACCUCGUGAGCAGGUGACACCGCCGGGUAACGAGUCGCAGAACAACGAGACCGAUUCGAGCAACAAGGAGGGGAUUGCUCUCACCGGCAAGCAAAUCUUCAACGAGGAGAACGCGCUGAAGAGGCCGGUGCAGAAGGUCACGCCGUCGCGGAUCAACUACCAGAACACGCCGAUCAUCAACGGCAGUAACAGCGAAUACAACAACAAGAACGGGAAAUACCUCGACCAACCGUACAAGAAGCCCAGCUCGCCCAUCAAAACCUCCAGCAGCAUCCUGUCGGCGAACGCGAGCCCAGCGCACGCGCCCAGGCUUGUGAAGACCGCUGUUGGUUACGUGGAAGGCAACAAGAGUCCGAGCCGGAACGGCGGCAGUCCGAAGUCGCCACGAUCCGUCACGUGGAACAGUAAUCUGCCCGAGAAGUAUUCCUUCACCAUGAGGAGAGAAUUUGAACGUGCCAAAGAAGAAGCUGAUCUCAUCGAACAGUUGAGAAAUCACAUAGAAACGAGAUUGAAGAUGGCACUGCCGGAGGACAUCGCGCCGGCGUUAACGGACGGCGUGGUACUCUGUCACUUGGCCAACCACGUAAGACCAAGAUCGGUCGCCAGUAUACAUGUUCCUUCUCCCGCUGUACCUAAGCUGACUAUGGCGCGAUGCAGGCGUAACGUCGACAACUUUAUCGAGGCGUGCCGGAAGAUCGGCGUCGAUGAGGAGGUGUUAUUGGACGCGGACUCAAUCAUGGACGUGGGUUACAUGGACACGUACGGGCUCGAGGAUCUGGCGCGUCUCGUCACCGCUCUUCUCCUUGUUCGCGAUGAGGGGGAGAGUGGUACCGAAGAACCGGCCGCAGCUUCACCCCGUACGAUUCAGGACCGCGUUCUGUCCGCAAUGCUUUUUGCAACAUUCCUAUCCACCCUGGUACUGCUCUAUCUCUUCCCGAUCCCCGACUAGAAACGAUCAGGAGGACGGGAUGAGCGACAGGGCAUGAGAGAAAAGAAUAUGGUGGAGCGGCGAGCUACUGACACGAACGGAGGAAAAGAGCGCCGGAACGGAAAACACGAGAUGUCAUCUCGGAAUGCGGUGGCGAUUCUCGGAGUCUCCUUUCGCAGGAUCUUUUCGUGAUAUCUUUUGCCUGGCGCGAAACAUCGCGGCGGUGACCCUUUCCGAUGACGACUCUGAGAAUCGUCGUCCUGUUCGCAAGAGCACGCGACACUUUCGCCGUUUGUUUCUUUGUCGAUUAAGUACACGGAAAAGGAAAUUUGGUUGAUUUAACCGGAUGAACGAAUCAGAAUUUCGAUUGAAGUUACCUGUUUGAGUUGACAAGAUUCUUUUGAAACAGUUACAAGUUAGCUGGAAAUCUUAUUUGUUAAUCAGAAUCUCGUUAACUUGAACAAAAUUCUGGUAACUUCUCAACCGGAAAUCUAUUUAAUUCAUAUUUCAUCAUAAAUUUGGUUAAUUCAACAGAAUUUCUUUCCCGUGCAGAACGGCACGCUCGGUUGCUUUUCAAUUCUGCUUGUACUUUUGUUCGAGCGAAGUGUCGCGUGGUAGUAGGACGCGCCUACGACGUCGAGGAUUCCCCGAGUGACAUUCAACGGAUCUGCAAGAGAAACGAUAGAAAAAAGAAAUACUUCUUUGAACGUUUAAUAUAUAGGCGAUACGCUAUUCUCACGUCUUCAACGCACGCGUUAUCUUCUUGCGCGCUGGACAAUGGAGUAUCGUCGACGUCGAAGCACUCUGCGAUUUUUUAAAGUGUCUUUCGGAGCGUACGAAUCAAACGGACGGCUCGUCGCCAUCGUCUCGCGUCUAGGCACUUUAAAAAAUAUUAGAACAUAUCUUCGGCCGUGUGCACGAAGUCGCCGCGUAGUCCUCGACUUCGAGGCGGAGAGUACUUAUCCCUCUUUCUCUUUUAAGAAUCGAUUUAUCACGACAGCAGUUUUAACAGGGUUAUUCGCUUUUUUCGACCUCCGUUUCGCGGGUUCCCACGCUCGGCGGCGGAGACACGCGGGCGGGAGAUCCCGUGGCGGGCGGAGAAUUUUCGAGGAUAGUUCUUAAGUGUCGAUAGGCAGCUUGACGAGACGUUCAGUCGGCUAUACGUAGAGAAUCGUUAAGUGUUACGUAAGUUCGUGCUUGUUUAACUUUUCGGAACGAAAGGCCUCCUUUCUUUACCGACGACGCGAGUAGUGCGUGCACAGCGAUGUUGUGCACGCGGGUAGUGACGACGAGACGAUGUCCAAGAGAUAAUGUCCGUCGCGAGAGCGCGACCUUCUCGAGCGAAACCUUUAAUUUCGCGUUAGUUUCUCUUCCCCGAUCUCGCCGGGGUGUUUAACGCAAUGGAAGGAAAAACAAAUCAAAGAACGCAAUCAAAACCGAAGGCGCUCGCAUAUCACGCAUUUGGUUGUCUCUCCGUGAACGUGUACCUUACUGAUUAAUUAGUUAAUUUUCGUCGCCACUUGUUUGCCAAACAAGUUAAUGUUCGUCGUCGGCUUGGAUUUGCCGGCGAAAUUGAUAUUUUGAUAAGAAAAAAAAAAAGAAGUAAAGGAAGAAAAGGAUAGAAUGGUGAUCGAAAUCGAGAGCUGGUGUGCAAUACUCGUUGAAGAAUCGUAUAUAAGUCGUAUAAUCAUCCCACUUAGCUGUCCGAACUCUCGGAAAGUAAUCCAUUGCCUUCUAUAUAUACGAUGAAAAGCCUCAGAAUUCCAGCCGGAAGUUUUAGCCGGUAUUGCGACAUCAUUCUCUGCGUCUUUAAUACGCCUUGGGUCCGCGGUUAAGUAGUCCCUCAGGAAGAGAAGAAAGAGCGAACGGAAGAGAUUAGCUGUUCGAUGCCUUCGAUGGUAGUAUUUUUUUAAGAUUCGACCAAAUGAACCGCCUACGGCUCUUUCAGGAUUGGUGGGUCUGUGAUAGGUAGCCUGCGAGUACUACAGGAUUCAACAAGAGAAAAAGAAAAUGGAAACAAAGGUGCUAGGGGUAAUCUCUUUUAGUUGGAGGAUCUUCUAUUUUUUUUGGUAACGUAAGGGGAUUUAACGAGGGUGUUUUUCAUCGUUGUAAAAGUGUUGUAUCGCGAUUAUAAUUAUAUAUUUGUUCGUCCAUAAGUUUACGUCGUUUCUCUCGUUCGUAAUCUCAUAAGUUUCGACCGAUCUGUCUGUCUUCUUCGUUGUCGAUUUAUCCGGCGCAAGGAAUAGCGUUUUCGUUUCGCGGAGGGGAAGGAUCAAAGUGACAGAGCAUUACUCCGAUUACUUCACCGGCCAAGCAAUUCGAUCGUAGUCUAGGAUAUCGUACCUUGGAUUGGAGUUACUUUAAUCUCGACACUCAUUUUGCUCAGAUCCCAAUAUUUGAUUUAUUUUCGAGCAUAGGAUCACCUUUGUCUCGAAUCUCUCGCCAAUUGAUCGUAACGAAUGAACAAAGAGUCUGUGUGUAUAUGUGUGUGUGCGUCCGUGCGUGUAUGCGUGCGUGUGUAUGCAAGUCUGUAGUACAUUACAGGACCCGAAACUUUAACUCGCAUAAGUCAUCCAGAUUUCGAGAUCCCUGGUACACUUAUUAUCUCUCACUCUGUCGAGUAAUAGAGACAGCUCUAGAAAAUAUUGGUACCAAGGCGAACCUUCGAGAUCAAAGUAACCGCAAACUACGCUACACGACGGUAGAGACACGGUGCCUGCUACCUGCCAAUUUAUUUUCAUAAAGACACAAUAAGAACGUAGAGAGGGUAUAUAUCAUCUAUAAUAUAUAUAUAUAUAUACGAUCGUAUAACUUAUAUCGUAAUGUUUAAGAGAACGCUCCGCAGAUUUGUAAGUGAAACAAGAUCUCUGUCGGAAAAAGAGGGGGGAGGCACGGACGUUUUAUAAAUAGAACAGAAUCGGUACACAAACAACGGGCUCUUGGCUCUUAUAGGUCCUUUGUUCUUUUGUAAUUGAUUUUUAAUCUCAGAGCCUUACCAUUUUUGUACAAACAACGGACCUCUCAGAUCGUACGUAGCCUUUCAGUCCUUUCCAGGGAAGGACAAAAAGACACGCGAUUCUUCGAUGUUAAUCGCCACAGUACUUAUCCGAACGUAGUGCCAAAUAUCCCCCAGCGUGUUCUCGAGGAAUCUCACCGUCUCUUCCCGUUUCUCCGACAGGCAUCACGUGGUCGGAAAAGGCUUCUUUCUUAGCGUGAAGUGUAACAGUCCGCGUUCGUCACGACACGAAUCACUCUCGAGGGCGCACAAGUGGAAUUUUGUAGAGAACGAGCGAAAAGAGAUACGUAGAAUUUCGUUCUUGUACGACUAUUUUGUACGAAGCGGGGGUCACAGCGCACCUUCUGCAACAGGGGGCGACGCCCUUCGCGAGAGACUAUCGUAAGCGUAACAUAUAUUUAUAUACGACGAGAGCGUAUCGUUGCGAGAGUCGACACGCGUCGCUACACAUCGUAUUAAUGAUUACAUAUGCCAGUGUAUGCCAGUGUAUCUUUUCUAAGGGGAUGCAAGCUAGGCGAGUCCCGUAUCUUCCAUGAUUUUUCACGACUUACUCGGACUCGGUCCCUGCUCGAUCUUGCCGAUGAGAGACGUGUGCUUUCUUCUGCGGGAUUCGCCGCGUCAUCUCCACGGCCGUUACUCGCGUUUUCGUUUCGCAGUCGUCGAGUGUCUUGCACUUUUUCUAGUCUACGGUAAAAUAGCAUCGUUAGUUGUAAGUCGAACCAGCCGUUCUCUAGUCACAGAGUUGUUUCCUCUUUCCUCCACUUGCAUUUCCCCUCCGACGCAUUUUCUACCGCGGUAUAUAGUGGCUUCUGCGUGUUGCAUUCGCGUCCGAUUCGCGAGCGAACCAUUUGCCCGCGGUUGCACCCGUUUACUUAAUCCAUCAGCUUAUGUCUAUUUCUACCAACUUUGGUUAACUUAACCGGCUGAUUAUUCCAACGAAAUUGACCAGUCGCAUCUAUCAAGUCUGACUAACGAGAAAUGUGAUUGAUCAAUUCCAUUGGAAUAACCAACCGGUGAAAUUAAUCAAAGCUGGUAGAAACGAGCAUUAGUCAAUUUAGAAUGCAGUCGUCUCUUCCCUCGCUGUUAACGCUUAGAACGCCCGGUGUUUGCAUCUCGCGAACCCUCACGGCACGCGCACGUUACUUUUGUACCUUGAACUUCAGUCCGGGAAGUUUACCUCUUCUUUGCCGAUCUCGCAUGGAAAAGAAGCUUUGAUUGGAUUUAUCGAAUUUCCGGUGAGACAUAAACGAGUCAGAAAAUUGCAGUUGAAGUUACCAGAGUUUUGUGAAAUCAAGACUUCUGGUUGACUUGAGCAGAAUUUCGACAACUUCAAUCGGAAUCUUCUGGUUCGUUCAUAUCUCAUCAGAAAUUUGCUCAAUGCAAGCAAACGUUUUUUUCAACAUAGAUAUAAAAAUAUCAGAUCCUCUUUGAUUUAGUACAAUAGCGCGUAGAGGCGACGAUACGCGAAGCAUCGAAAUCGAUACCGCAAAUUUCGUGGAAAAAGGGAGAAAGAUUCCUUGCUGAAACGAGCGCGAAAAUGUUGAGAGAAUCCGCCCGAAUCGCAAGGUUCGAUUGCGAGCGAAACCGCAUCACCGGUGGACAAGUUACACCGCCGGGCGUUCCGGAUGUUAAACGUGAUUAGGCGUCCGCUAAUAGCUUCCGCACUGCGGCCUAACGAGUGGAUCGUCCAUCGCGUCCAUUACGGAAUAACGCACGUACGUGACGGGGCGAGUCGGAUAUUCCAUUACGCUUAAUCAUCAUCGAUCAUCGCGACGAGUGCCUAACGAUUCACCGCGGACGCGACGGCCGCGUUAUGUCAGUAUUAUAUAUUCUCGCUAGAAUUCGUGGACGAGGUGUCGCGAACUGCCCGAGCCCGUGCCACUUAAGACUGGAUUCGAAUUUUUAGCGCGCCGAUGUACUUUGUGUUGCCGGCUGUACGUAGCAUGACGAUCCACGAUGACGAUCCGCGAGAUCGCCCGAGACUGUUGGCGCGUUUCAGCACAUUUAUUUGUGUCGUCGAGCGAGCAUCGGUCAGAUAUGACAAUCUGUUAAUGACACAAUUAGUGAUUACUGUGAGGCAAUUAGUAAUUAGAAUCUUUACACGGAAUCUUUGCACAGUGAUCUCGUCUGGAAACACUUGUAUUUUAUAAGAUACAAAUGGGGGACCGAUCUCGUGGAUCGUCGCAUUGGAAUCUUUACCAUUAGCUUUCGCUUUCGCAAGAGGCUACAUCACACUAAGCAUAUCCACGACACAAUGAGUGAGCGGAGGGAGGAAAGAGAUUGGGUAAGGAAGUAUAUACGAAAUCAUUCCGUUGCGUUAACUUGUAUAGUUGUAUAAUUUCUGUAAAGAAUACACAUACACGCGCGCACAUAUAAACACAGACACACACGAAGAAAGCUUAUAUACAGAUAUAUAUAGAGAUAGAUAUAUAUGGAGACAAAUGUAUAAUUCUCGUUGAAGCUAAUUCUUUUGCCGCGUUUCUCUUCGUUUUCUUUCUCUCUCUCUCUCUUUGCCUCCUCUCUUUCUCUCUUUCUCUUUAUCUCUUUGUUUUUGUUUAUAUUCUCGUGUUUUUAUACAUAUGUAGGCGUAGAAUUAAAUUAUUCGCUAGCUGGAUAAAUCCACUUGGUGCUUGGUCUAGUUUCGUUCGUUAUUGUUUCGCGUAAGCUUCUGAAGCUUCUUGUCCGUGCUUUAGGUAUGUCAGCAUAUUUAUUCCGCGGCGGAAACGCCGCCUUCGUCCUGCACGAUCGAUCGUGCCUGCUCACCGAGCUCAGACAAUAAUUCCUUUCUAAAUAGAUACGCGUAGCCUAAGCGGUCAGGAUCGGCGAGCCUAGCACGAUCGACUCGUUCCAAUAGACAGUCCUUGUGGCUUAAUGAAGCGUUUAGCGUCAACUGAUCUGAUAAAAAGCGCACAUACAACGUAUUUAUACUGCCGUGGUUGUCGAGUCGGGUCUGAUUUUGAGUGUCACGCGCGAAUAGAGCUUAAUAAAGCUGCAACACUGUCUUAAUCGGGAUACUAAUAGGUAUCGACGAACUUAUUGUUUGGAACAGCUAUUAGUGCAUCAAACACCGCUUAAACACAUCCGCUGAUUCACUAAUCGCUCCCUCAAGUCGCUUCUCCCUAAUCGCUUCUCGAACUUGUUGAUCUCGAGGAAGAGACUUGGAACAAUUUGCACGUGAAUGCAUUAUCGACCUAACAAACCAACACGAUGACUUUCGGGGAAGUAUUAUCGUUCAGUGCUAUCCGGUUAUCAGCUAACAGCUGUGGUAUACGCCUACAGAUUUUAAUCAGAGGCGUUCUGUUACAGCGCACAAUGAAUAACGCAGGAAUGACAAUCGAAUACAAUAGGUAGGCAUUUUUAAUUAAGAUCUUACGGGUAAUUGAGAGGAAAUUCGGUGAAUUCAGCUGAACAUUGUCCAAUUUCAACGAACGCAAUUAUUCGACCCGACUCGACACGAAGCAUCUCGCCAUUCAACGAUCGAGCUGAACAGCUUAAUAACUGAUGUUAACGCGUAACUUUGCACAAAUCGAUCGCUCCGCAUUUACAAGUCUUCGCAGUGUGUUGCUCGUUUUUGUGUCUUUCAAUAUUUAUUUAUGAACACGUUACACACAUGACACUCCGCCAUCCCUGACGCUUAUUAUACGAGAUAACAAUCCCAGUGGCGAGACGAUAAAUAUGAGAUGAUAAUCGCAUCCUUCUUUGCUUUUUAUUUUCAUCAAUUACAAGAGAAAUCGAAAUCGCCUUCUUUGGUUGUCUCGCCGCUCGGACGACAGCAAUAUCAUCGACCUUGUUUUUCUCUUUUGAGGUAUUACUCUGUAACGUUGAUUGUAUGGGUAACAUAACGAUUGUAAUACUAUCGCCAUUUAUAAUAAAAUAUCCUUUUCUUAAA